CCUUAGCCUGAAGCUCACCAACUAAGCUAGAUGGGGUAACCUGUGAGCCCAGGGCUCCGAGUGAGCGAGCCACACCUGCACAUCCCACUCAAGUUCAGAGGGUCAAAUGCAGGCUCUUAGGUUUGCAAGGCAAGAGCUUUACCAACAGUUUCUCAAGCCCAGGAAUUCCAUUUGUUAACCCCCAUUUUACAAAUGAGCCAACGGAGGCCCCCGACUCACUCGAGGUCCCAGAAGGAAGAAAAUCAAGCCAGAACCAAAAGCGAUACCGUCUGGUUUCUCUCUGUCUCUGAGCAUUGAUUUCCCACUAGGAACGAGAAGAGGAGGCCUGACUCACCCUCCCUCCCACAGCCCUCCUGCCCUUCAUCUCUAGAGAAAUCUGAGCUUCACAGCUGCCCGGCAUCAACCGAGUGAGGAAAAUAAAUGCUCCACUCUCCAGCUGCUCACCAAGCUCUUCCAUUCUCACGGGACGAUCUAGGAGAGGCCAAGAAGUUAAAGACUCCUGAAGUCUGAUGAGCUGACGACUUUGCCUGACAUUCUGUGAUUGCCAGGACAGGAUUAAAGAGAACCCUGAGAGGCCUUGCUCCUGACGAAGCAGGUGAGCUGGGGGCUUUCUACCACAUGCAAGUGCUUGAGUGUCUUCUGUUUCAGUCUUGGGGAGAUGGCCGCCACCAACAUGGCAUGAAUGAAUGGAGCCCCCUUCAGAUAUGAGGGCGAGUCUGUCCAUCUGGACGGGGGACAGGGACAUCACCUUAGCACUACCCUGCCAGUGUGCGUGACAGCGUGAAGCUGGGGCCUUCUCUCCAGAGACUUCUGGGCAUAUCAAGGAUCUCCCAAGCUCUAUGUCGCUGGCCUCCCAAAAUCCAAGGCAUGACAGAUGGGGCACAGGCCAACCCCAAAGGGUUCAGGAAGAAGGUGCUGGUUAAACACUCCACUGGACGGAAGAGCCCAAGCCUCAGGGCCUCUCCUUCUCAAACCUCCAGGUCCAGCCUGGGUAUGAAGAAAUUCUUCGCCAUCGCAGUCCUGGCCAGCAGUGUGGUAUCCACCGCCCACAGCAGCCUGUUGAACCUGAAGUUCAUGGUAGAGGCCAUCACACACAGAAACUCCAUCCUGUCCUUUGUGGGCUACGGCUGCUACUGCGGGCUGGGGGGACGCGGCCACCCCAUGGAUGAGGUAGAUUGGUGCUGUCACGCCCAUGACUGCUGCUAUCAGAAGCUCUUUGACCAGGGCUGCCGCCCCUAUGUGGACCACUAUGACCACAGGAUUGAGAACGACACCGUGAUUGUCUGCACUGAGCUCAAUGAGACAGAGUGUGACAAGCAGACUUGCGAGUGUGACAAGAGCCUGACUCUGUGCCUCAAGGAUCACCCAUACAGGGACAAGUACCGAGGCUACCUCAACGUCUACUGCCAGGGCCCCACACCCAACUGCAGCAUCUACGACCCGUACCCAGAGGAAGUCACCUGUGGAAACAGCCUCCCAGCGACCCGUCUCAACCUAGCCUGACUGAGGUCUGAGAGAGAAGACGGUGGAGUGUCCUGCUGGGGUCUGCAACUGAUGUGUGGGGCCAGAUAGGGUGAAGGACUAUCCUGUGGCUCUGUCCCAGUCCUGUAGUAAGCUCAGUUCUAGAAGAUUCUAGAAGGCCAGGGCUUGUGAGUAACAUCACUCUGUCAGCCUCGUACUAAGCAUCUGGGGGGGGUCUCUCCUGGAUAUGGAAGGAAAUGAUAUGGCCCCAGAUCAACUCCAAGAACCUUUGAGACCCUUCAUGGGCCUGGAAAUUCACUCCACGGCAGGCAGAGUGACAGCUUGAGGCCUGGAUUCUGAGAGACCGUGGAGUCCCCACAAGCUGACAUAAAGAGUCAUCUCUGCUUUUCUGACUUGCGGCUCUCUAGAGUCUCAUUCACAGAGCAGGUGACCCCAUCCAGCCCUCAGCCAACGGGAUACAUCUAGGCCCAAAGCCUGACCUCUGUUACCCAGAGUGCCUCUGGGCAGGUUCCGAGGGCACAGGGACCCCAUGUCCAUAAUAGCUGCACAUAUGGGGACUGGCAGCAAGUGGCCUCAUGUCUGCACUUCUUCCUGUCCCUCUGACUCCUGCACAGAAGUAGUGUGUACCCCACCAUUGUUCUACCCACAUUCAGCAAGCCAGGGCUGCUGGGAGCUCUCUCUCGCUCUCUAUGCAGUGAAGGGCCUGCAGACUGUCACUGGGGAAGACACUAAGGUCUGGGUUAAAAUGUGGAAGGGAAAGUCAAAUCAGGAGACUGAGAGGAAAAUUCAGGUGGAGAGGGAAUGGGGUAGUUAAGAAAGGAGUGGGAGAGAGGCGGAGGGAGGUUGUAACAAGACAAGCCAGUUGCCAGACACGUCAGCGGGAUAGCAAGAGAAAAGAUGGCGGCAGGCAAGGGCUAGUGUAACUGAGGGCACUGGGCCCCAUAACUCUGGGGAAUCUUGGGCAGAGGCGAGGGCUCCUGCUGGCAGGUCACCUCUGCUGUCCCCAGCCUCGGAUUUCUUCAGGUGCACUCCCCUUGUGCCCCGCCCCGCCCCCGUCUUGUCUCUCCUUCCAUCUCAGAGUCAGCAGUGUCUAGCCCUACCUCAUAUCUGUCUUCUACCUUCAUCCAAUGUUAACACCAUGGACCUGUGGAUGCCAGCCCCAUCGGGACGGGGAACAUGAGAACAUUCACAGGGAAGCUCAGCUUGUGUGACUACGUGGGACAUUGUCACUGGGGACAGAGAGCCAAGCAGGGUGGUGGUGCAGGCAGGGAAGGAUGUUCACUCAGAUAGCGGUGUCUACAAUGGCAGCAUUGGCAGGAAGGGGUCACUGUGUGCGAGAGGGACCACUCCAAAGCUCGCCUCAUGCAGGUUGUGGUGUGAUAUGGUGGUCACCGAUGUGCACUGACCCAGCUUGACCCAGCCUUGUGAUCUUCCUCAUUUACCCUCUCAGAAGCUCAGUCAACAAACCUCCCUCCUCUUCUCUGCCUCACCAAGCCAGGGGUGGAGCUGGAUGGGUGCCCAGAGAGCUUCCUGCUGAGUUUUGACCACACACCUGUGCUCCUCCAUGGGCAUAUUCCUAUAGAGUAGGGUGGGCCAAUGAGACUCUACUGCUGUGGGAUCCAGCUCACCUGUACCUCGGCCCCCUCCCCCUGUCUCCACAGAAUACAACAACCCUUCCUCAGACUAAUAAAAACCCUCCAGUCUUGGCUGCCA